AUGGACGUGAAUCAUGUAUUUAUGUGGGGAUGCACAGAAGAGAGUCUUGAGUGCUUACAUGUGGGUAAAGACGCAGCUAUCAGUGCUAUCACGCUUCCAAUAACACUUCCAAGUCCAAUCGUGAAAGCUACUCCCACGACAUGCCUCUCGCUGUAUCAGCGUAUGGCAAAGUCUGCUACUACAUCGGCCUACCAUUGA